CGAGCAAUAAUUUUGAAUCUCUUUUCCUCAAUCGAUUUUAUCUUUAUUUUUCCUUUAUUUUCUAAAAAUGCUUGGUCGGCUCAUUCCCAGGACAUUGCGGUCAGCACCCCUGGCCUCAGCACGGUACAACGGCGCAGGCUUUGCCAAAGGUCUCCAGCAGCAGCGGAAUUACUCUUCAGACAAGGACAUGCCGACUGCCAGAACCACAGGCAAUGCCGCGACCCCCAGCGGCGAAAGCGACAAGAAGAGCACGCCAGUAAGUUUGAGUUCACUCUUGGAGAGCCUGAACAUGCAGGGCAACGGCAGCAGCAACCCCAGUAGUGGCAGCAGCGGCUUGGGAAAGUUCAGCAGCCUUCUUUCCUCGGGUGAGUCACCCUUGAAGGGCGAUAUCGCAGGGUUCACGGGCACGGGGCGGUUUGGAGGCACAGCGGGCCGCGGGCGCGUCGAGGAGGACGAGAGCGAUCCGAUGCGCAUGCUGAUACUGCAUGUUCACGCGUCAUCGAACAAUACGAUUCUGUCGCUGACGGAUGCCGAUGGUCGUGUGCUGGUUAAUGCUAGUGGUGGAACGGUAGGAUUCCGUAAGGCGCAGAGGGCUGGGUUUGAGGCUGCGUAUCAGGCGACGGCGUCGAUUGCGACUACGAUUAAGGACCGCGGCAUUAAUGUGCGCAAGGUUGAGUUGAGGCUCAAGGGAUUCGGCGCAGGCAGAGAUGCGGCAUUCAAGGCCGUGCAUAGUGUUACGAACUGGGUUGUCUGCCGCGUGGUCGACACGACGCCUAUUCCGUUCAACGGAUGCCGCCCGAAGAAGGCCCGGAGACUGUGAGAGAAGUUUGUUAAGUAUAUUUAUACGAAAAAAUUGAAUACAUGAAACCAACUAAAAAAACGUAUAUU